CUGUGGUCAGGUCUCUUGCGUUUUCUUUCCUCUCCAUUUGGCCGGCUCCGUGCUCCUUUUUAUCAAUUUCCCCCCUGUUUUAUUCUCUUGGCGGGGACGUUGCUUCAGACUCCUCAUAUUAUCGAGCCGCUGCACUGUGAAGUUUAUAUUACCAUCGCGACGGGCCGGGUACCGCGCGCACACGACUGUCACAUCACUCCUUCCUCACCUUGAAUUUCUGUUCAACACCUCCGUUCUUUCCUCCCCGUCCUCUCUCUCAUUUUCACCUCGUCCAAUCGGAGCAUCGUCAAUCUCUUCCCAGCCAUCGGAUUGGUCCGCCAAGUGCAAACCGAUCUACCUCCUCCCUGCUUGGACUUCCCAGCAGCACCCCCGACCUUUCGGCAGCCGGCCGCUGAUCCUCACAAAGCUAUCAUUUCGCAGCCAAGGAAAACCCUCAAAUCCUGGCCAGUCUCCUGACUAGGAAGCGGCUCUUUCGGUGACAGGAAUCAUCGCAACAGUCACUCACUUCCGACGUGCCUGGUCUGCCUCCCAUCUACCUACGCGCCCCUCGCCCCCAGAGGUGACUUGGCGUGACGCCGCAUCAUUCCACAGCACCCAUCGUCGUUUUAUUCAUUCCAGCUCCACGUGCAGACAACUCGCUCUUUGUCAUACAUUCGUUACUUCUGCCACUCGGACGUCUCAGCUUCACACCCCACGUGGGGGAUAUCAACAUCCUUCGUCGCCAGAGCCUGAGCCAGAGUCAGCUCCAGCAUUCGACUGCACCAGUCCGCCAAGCUCGGCCGCCCUUUUCUCGUUCGGCUUCCUGCUCUUGUCUCUUCUCUCCUUGUCGAUCAAAGGCACCUAGUGAACAAAGAAGUAGCUCAAUACCUAGAUAUUGCGGUCUUCCUUGUCACUGUCGGCAUCUUUGUUCUCCCAUCUCUCGGUGGGCAAUCAACAGGCAAUCAUAUUGUUUAGCCAUCCGCCUCAUUGUUCCGUGCCCGCCUGGUCUCGUACAAGGCCGCCAACUGGACGCCCUUCCACCACCUCUCGUUUGACAGCGGACAUCCACAAUGAUGUUAUUGUCCCUUUGACAACCGUCGCCGCCGCAGCAGCCUUCUACUCAAAUAGAGACUUCACGACCUCUACACCUUGUUUGAUGGUCCCCCCUCAGAAUUGCGACUAUCAAAGAAGGCACCAAUAUCAAGCACUGGGAACGAAACGACAGGGGAGGAUUCUUCUACGGAACUGAUCAAGACCAAAGGAAGAAAAGUGACCUACAAAGGCGACAAGACGAGAUGGAUAUCCAGCCGCGCUGGGCCGUCGCCCUUGGGGUCACGAUGCUCCUAUCGCCAGCAUUCUCGUCGCCGUCAUCGUUCCAACAAACCACGCCUUCUCUGAGCCCGCGCGCACCUGAACCUCCCAGCGGCACGACCCCUCCGAAGGCGAACUCGACCAUCUCGCCCUACAACACCGGCCUGAACGGCGUGAGUCAGGAUGUCAACAUGCUCUUCAAGGACACCUUAUGGUGGAGCUUGGGUAUUGUCUGUCUCAUCGUGCUUGCCGUCCGGAUUGGCGAGAUCGCGUGGUCCAAACUGCGCCAGGUGUCGGCCAUGUCAGCUGCCGUCGAUCGCCAGAACUACUGGAAGGUGACGCAGUGGAGUUGGAUGCCAAGUCUCAAGAAACAUCUCAUCUACGCGCCUCUCUGGAAAAAGCGCCAUAACCGCGAGAUCCGACUCUCCUCAGCUUUCAACAUGGGCACCCUGCCGUCCAGGCUCCACGCUGUUUUGCUGACGCUGUACCUCUUCAGCAACAUAGCGUAUAUGCUGGUCCUCAACUUUGCCAACGAGAACCGAUAUUCAUUCGCCGCCGAAGUCCGGGGACGGUCCGGAACCCUUGCCGCCGUCAACAUGGUCCCGCUCCUUCUUCUCGCCGCCCGUAACAACCCACUGAUCGGCCUUUUGCAGAUCAGCUUCGACACGUAUAACCUCAUCCACCGCUGGAUCGGCCGCACCGUAGUGAUCGAGACUAUCAUUCACACGGUUGCCUGGCUAUACGUGCAACUGGCCGACGGCGGCUGGGAAAGCGUGCAGCAUAAGAUCCUGCACGACGACUUCAUCGCCUCGGGCGCAGUUGGCACGCUCGCGUUCGUGCUUCUGGUUCUUCUCUCUUUUUCCCCUGUCCGGCACGCCUUCUAUGAGACCUUCCUCAACGUGCAUAUCAUCCUCGCCUUCGUGGCAGUUGGCUGCACAUGGGUCCACUGCGCGACCGCAUCGAUCCCUGGCGGACUUCCGCAGCUCUCCUGGGUCAUUGCCAUAAUGAUUCUUUGGAUGGCUGACCGUCUCGCACGCGCAAUCCGCACGGCGUACUGCAACGCUUCGAGCCAUGGAUACACCGAAGCUUUCGUCGAGGCGAUGCCCAACGAGGCGUGCCGCGUACGCAUGCAGCUCCCGCGCUACGUGGACGUCAAGCCGGGCACCCAUGCCUAUCUCCGGUUCGCGAGCAUCAACCCCUGGGAGAACCACCCGUUCUCCAUUGCCUGGGUUGAACACACGCCCAUCAAGGAAGUUCUCCCUACAGUGGAGAAGGGAGAGCAGCUGGUGCUUAAGAAGGACCUUCGGACAACGGUCUCGUUCGUCAUCGGGGCACAUACCGGCUUCACGCGCAAACUGUAUAACAGAACUUUGGAGCAUGGAACGCGGCCCCUCUCGCUACGCGCCACAUUUGAGGGUCCGUAUGCCGGCCACCAUUCUCUCGACAGCUUCGGCCACGUCAUCCUUUUUGCGGGCGCCACCGGCAUCACUCACCAGCUUAGCUACCUGCAACACCUGAUGGAUGGGUACAACAAUGGGACGGUUGCUACGCGCAAGAUCGUGCUCGUCUGGAUCGUGCGCGAGUACGAGGCCAUGGAGUGGGUGCGUCCGUGGAUGCAAACCAUCAUGGGCCUCCCGAACAGGAAACAAAUACUCCAGAUCAGGCUAUUUGUCACGCGGCCCAAGAACCCGCGAGAGAUCAUGUCGCCAUCCACCAGCGUCGGUCUUUUCCCCGGCCGUCCCGACAUUUACACCCUCAUCGAAAAGGAGGUUUCGGAGCAGGUCGGAGCUAUGUGUGUCUCUGUGUGUGGCCCAGGAUCACUGUCGGAUGAUGUGCGGGCCGCCGCGCGCUCGAUGCAGGAUUCGGGACACUCUGUCACCUUCUGGGAGGAAUCAUUCACGUGGUGACGGUACGUGGUGCAGCGGUUGAUAAUAGGGGAGUUGGGCAGUUUGUUUACUUCAUGUGUAUAUAUUUAUCUCUCUGGACUUGUUAUGACUAAUUCUAUCGGUAAAUCGCUAUCGCCGUUUUUGAAUGUGGUGAUCGGAUCAGGACGGUUGACCUUCUAGAGGAC